UUGAAGAUAAUGAAAUGAGGAAAGAGGAGGAACAUGUCAAAAUUGAGGAAAAAAAUAAUUUACAGACUGAAGGUAUUUUGAAAAGGAAAGACAGGAAUCGUUUCACCUGCACGCAGUGUGGAAAGAGUUUUGGAAGAAAAGGCAAUCUUAAUAUUCACAUCAUGAUCCACACUGGAGAGAAACCAUUCACAUGCACCCAGUGUGGGAAGAGUUUCAGCCAAUCAUCAUCCCUUAAUCUACACAUGAAGAUCCACACUGGAAAGAAACCAUUCACUUGCACUCAGUGUGGGAGGAGUUUCAGCCAAUCAUCAUCCCUUAAUCUACACAUGAAGGUCCACACUGGAGAGAAACCAUUCACAUGCACCCAGUGUGGGAAGAGUUUCAGCCAAUCAUCAAACUUAAAUCUACACAUGAGGAUCCACACUGGAGAGAAACCAUUCCCUUGCACUCAGUGUGGGAGGAGUUUCAGCCAAUCAUCAUCCCUUAAUCUACACAUGAUGAGCCACACUGGAGAGAAACAAUUCACUUGCACUCAGUGUGGGAAGAGUUUCAGCCAAUCAGCCAACUUUAAUAAACACAUGAGGAUCCACACUGGAGAGAAACCUUUCACAUGCACCCAGUGUGGGAAGAGUUUCAGCCAAUCAACAAACUUUAAUCUACACAUGACGAGCCACACUGGAGAGAGACCAUUCACAUGCACUCAGUGUGGGAAAAGUUUUAAAUGCUCAUCACACCUUAAUCAACACAUGAGGAUCCACACUGGAGAGAGACCAUUCACAUGUACUCAGUGUGGGAAGAGUUUCAGCCACUCAUCACACCUUAAUCAACACAUGAGAAUCCACACCGGAGAGAAACCAUUCACUUGCACUCAGUGUGGGAAGAGUUUUAGCCAAUCAGCCAACUUUAAUCAACACAUGAGAAUCCACACCGGAGAUAAACCAUUCACUUGCACUCAGUGUGGGAAGAGUUUCAGCCAAUCAUCAUCCCUUAAUCUACACAUGAUGAACCACACUGGAGAGAAACCGUUUACUUGCACUCAGUGUGGGAAGAGUUUCAGCCAAUCAUCAUCCCUUAAUCUACACAUGAGGAUCCACACUGGAGAGAAACCAUUCACAUGCACCCAGUGUGGGAAGAGUUUCAGCCAAUCACCAUCCCUUAAUCUACACAUGACGAGCCACACUGGAGAGAGACCAUUCAUAUGCACUCAGUGUGGGAAGAGUUUUAAAUGCUCAUCACACCUUAAUCAACACAUGAGGAUCCAUAGUGGAGAGAAACCAUUCACUUGCACUUAAGCUGUGGUCACA